AAGAUGUAAAUGUUCUAAAAAUCAAAUAAAAGUUUGUGAGUCGGAACCAAAGUUUGCACUGACGAAAAAUUCUCGGAGCGGAGGAAAGAGAAAGUAGAUCCAUCCGGAAUCCAUGGCGGCGGCGGCAGGAUCCGAGCGCGGUCACCCGUAUGUUCCAGGAGACUUAUUUCUACCGGAUUUCGUACCCGGUUUCCUCUCUCAAUCUGCCAUCGUCGGCGUUUACGCACUGUCUUCGCUGCUUGUCAUCUCCCUCAUUUGGAUCCUCUCUGGUCGGCUACCCAAGACAACCAAGAUUGAUAGGUUACUCUUGUGCUGGUGGGCUUUCACAGGCCUUACCCACAUAAUCAUCGAGGGCUAUUUUGUUUUCUCUCCAGAAUUUUACAAGGAGAAGACUGCCUGUUACCUGGCUGAAGUUUGGAAAGAAUAUAGCAAAGGUGAUUCAAGGUAUGCAGCCAGGGAUGCAGGGGUUGUUACUGUUGAAGGAAUAACUGUGGUUUUAGAAGGUCCAGCAUCCCUUCUGGCAAUGUACGCAAUAGCCACGAAGAAAUCAUACAGCCACAUACUUCAGUUUGCCAUUUCUUUGGGGCAGCUCUAUGGAACAGCUGUAUAUUUUAUUACUUCUCUUUUGGAAGGCGAUAAUUAUGCUGCAAGCCCGUAUUAUUAUUAUGCAUACUAUAUUGCAGCAAAUGCUUCAUGGGUUGUAAUACCCUCGCUCAUUGCCAUUCGGUGCUGGAAGAAGAUAUGUGCAGCAUUUGAGGUCCAACGCCAUGGAAAGAGCAAAACUCGUUAAGGUUGUAUGGUGAGUCUGUGUUAAACUCUGUUAUUUUGCCAAUUUUUGCCCUGGAAUGUGACAUCAAAUUGAAAAUUUAUCCGAACAAAAUCAAUUAAUUUUGACAAUUUAAGCUGGUUUUUCUUA